AUGAACGAGCACACAGCCACAGGCACUACGAUGAACGAGCACAUAAUCGCAGGCACUACGAUGAACGAGCACACAACCACAGGAACUACAAUGAGCGAGCACACAGCCACAGGCACUACGAUAAACGAGCACACAGCCACAGGCACUACAAUGAACGAACACACAGUCACGGGCACUACGAUGAGCGAGCACACAACCACAGGCACUACAAUCAACGAAUACACAGCCACAGGCACUACGAUAAACGAGCACACAGAAUGGCCACCGGUACGCCAUCGGGAACGGAAAAGAUCUCUUUAA